AUGAAGAACAUGAAUAAAGUCAUACACACCAUCCAUAUAGGUGUUGUUGUUGCCGAGUUUCUUCUAAAAACUAAACGUUAUCUACAAGCAUUUGAGUUAUGCGAGGAAUGUUUUCUUUUAUUAAACAAUUCAGCAGUGGGUAUGGAGGAUCCAAUCCUCAGAAAUUUUUAUAUAAAAAUCAAUCAUAUAAUGUUCAAAACAUAUCUCGACACGUCUGAUGACGAAAUCGAAGAAAGAUGCGCCAGGAAACUUCUUUCCGUGUUCCACGUCUUUGGUGAAACCAAACUAGAAGGGAGAUUUAUGCUAGCACUGGCAGUCGUAACUAGCAGGCAAAGAAAGUUGGAAGAGGCGAAAGAACUUUUUGAGAGCGCAAUAAGAAUCUUGAAAGCAACUGGACAAAGAAAAUUGGAGGCCACUGCUUAUGAUCGAGCGGGAAUUCUUUUCUGUUCACUUGGUGAAUAUUGGAAGGCGAAUAAAUAUUUUGAGGAAGCACUUGCCAUCCGCAUGGAAAUUGGUGAUAAGGAAGGAGAGGCAGGAUGCAUCAGUAACCUAGGAAAUGUGUUGCGCUCACUCGGUGAAUAUCAGAAGGAAGGAGAGGCAGUAUGCAUCAGUAACCUAGGAAAUGUGUUGCGCGCACUCGGUGAAUAUCAGAAGGCCAGAGAAUAUUACGAGGAAGCACUUGCCAUCAGCAUAGAAAUUGGUGAUAAGAGCUCCGAGGCAAAAGUGUUGUUAAACCUAGGAGAUAUGUUUGAAAAGCUCGGAGAAUAUCAGAAGGCAAAGGAGUAUAUGGAGAAAGCACUCGCCAUCUCAGUAGUAUCUGGCAGUAAAUCAGAACAAUUAGCAGGUUUUGUGUACCUUGGAUCUACUCAUGUUGAGCUCAGAAAAUGUUUGAAAGCUAAAGAAUAUGGCGAGAAAGCACUUUCUAUUGCCACAGAAAUCGGAGAGCAAGGACGUCAAGCAGAAGCAUUAGUGAUCCUCGGCCAAGUGUCUGAUUAUCUUAAUGAUCAUGUGAUGGCCAAAAAAUAUUACGAGAAGCAACUUGCUAUCAGCAUUAAAAUUGGCAACAGAUUGCUGGUAGAACAUAGCUACCAAAGCUUAGCAAGACUCUUCCUAAGUAUUGGCGAAUAUGACAAAGCCGACGAAUACCUUGAGAAAGCCCGCGUGAUGAUUUGUGACGUCGGAGAAACACGCAGUGAGUUUUACUGCCUACUCUGCCUGUCCAUCCUGAGGAUAAAGCAAUCAAGGAUCUCGGAAGCACUUUCGCAUCUUUAUCAGUGUAUUUCUAAAUAUGAAAAAUUGCGAGAUUUUCAACAUGGAAAUGAACAGUUUCAACAAGGUCUUUUAGAAACUCACGGAGCCGAAGCUUACGAGUCGCUCA